AUGGACAUGCGAGGGAAACUGAGCGAAUGUCGCUCCGUAUCCCACGAUACCUUGCGGAGUGGCUCGCCACGGGUAGCGCAUUUCGACGGCGAAGUUCCUCCCGCACUCUCCCCCCUCGACGCAUUCGCCGCUCAGAGCCGAUAUCUCGCCCGACAACUCGAUGAGUCUCGACGAGGAGACCGCCGUAUGAGCCGGCUGCCACCGGCGAGUGUAGCUCGAUCGCUUUCGCAAGGCCGCCCGAACUUCUACCGUUCCAAAUCGUCGACUGAACCCCGCACCGAACUGACCCGGCAACCCACGCAGAAGGGACACCCGGAGAUUGAAGAUCCCAAGUACCGCCCUAUCUCUGAGCACCCUCGGUUGAGCUCGAUUUCCCAUGCUAGUACCGAGGCAAGCUAUUACGAGGAGGACGAUGAUGAUGACGAGGCGACACCGCGGACAACGAUGCUUAAUACUGGUCUGGAGGAGUAUGGGAUGACGCGCGCCGAGUCACCAGAGGAGUUCCCGUUACAUGCAAAUGAAGUGGACGAUGAGCCUGUUGGUGUGGCGGUUGCUGAGCCGCAAGGUUCAUCGAUCGAUUCAGCCUCGCGACUGGACAUCCCACGCACCUUGGCACCACCAGUGUCACCUCGGUCGCGCCCAUCUAGCAGUGCUAAGACGACACACCCUGAGAGUUCUGAUGAUGACUACAGCAGCUCGAAUGGUGGGUCGACGUUCUCCAAACCUCGAAAGCUGUCCACUGGGAGUGCUGUGUCAUUGCCAUAUUCUCCCAUGUCCACAUUCCCUGCACGACCACAUCCUCGAUCGCCAUCCAUGAGCUCGGAGACGUCAGGAACGGGAACGAACUACCUCCCCCGCCCUUCCUUCAACUUCUCUCGACCGCUAAGUCGGUCUAGUACGACCUUGUCUGCUCCUGGAGCUUCGACGCCUACAGAACCGAUCCUUGCCUCUGGAUCAAACCAAAUGUACCGUCGCAGCAAGCCGACUCCGCUCCUCCUGCAACAAAUUUCCACCGAAGAUGUUGCUGCGAUGGCAGCCAUCGAUGGCGAGCCGUCGUCCGCCGUAUCCUCUUAUACGUACGCCAAGUAUGCACUUCCGCGCGGACGCUUCCUUUCACGGGAUUCCGUGGUCUUUGCAGGUUUGCAAACGCCCCAUUUCGAGUGGGAGGAGCCCUUGUUUGAGAAAACGCCUCCCCGGCACUCAGAGGAGCCACCGCGGAGGACACGGACGCCAUCUCCUACGCCCCACCGCCAAUAUGAGCACUCACCGAAGCCUCACUCGAUGCACGAAGUUCCCGCUCCCAAGCCUCAAAGCCCGACCCCGAUCCCUACUCCGAAAUUCCAACCUCAAUCUCCACCACAAUCUCCACCUCAGCCUCAACCCCAACCUCAAUCCCAACCUCAACUUCAACCUCAAACCCCCAAGUCUCAACCAUUCCCACAACCCCCGCCUAUUCCGGACUCGCCAGUGGAACCGGAACUACGGCCCUCUGUUGAGAGCACCCGACAGGCAACCAACGAUAAGGAUGAAACUGUCUCUUCUGCGGAUUCAGCCAGCACCAUGCGGCCCCAAACCGCCACCGCCCCGGUGACGGCUUCCGGCCUCACGGCUGACGACCACGUCGCUAAGGGCAUUGAAUGCCACGAGCGAGGAUCCCUGAGUGAAUCGACGUAUCAUCUGCGGGUUGCCGCGAAACAGGACCACCCGACGGGAAUGCUGCUUUAUGCGCUGGCCUGUCGACACGGUUGGGGUAUGCGAUCCAAUGAAAAGGAGGGCGUACGAUGGUUACGCAAAGCUGUGGAUUCCGUCGGAUUGGAAAUGUUGGCUGAUCCGGAUGCUCCCGGUGCGUCGAAGGCAAAGGAACUGCAAAAGGCAUACCGGGCUCAAUUUGCUCUGAGCAUUUAUGAACUCGGCGUCAGCUACUUGAAUGGCUGGGGCAUCGAGCAAGACAAGUCUCUUGCUCUGCGCUGCUUCGAGAUCGCCGGUCAAUGGGGCGACGUUGACGCCAUGGCCGAAGCUGGAUUCUGCUACGCGCAGGGUGUUGGCUGUAAAAAGGAUCUGAAGAAGGCGGCCCGCUUCUAUCGCAUGGCUGAGGCUAAGGGUAUGAGCAUGGUUGGAAACAGCUGGAUCUACAAGGACAAAUACAACGAGACCGAGUCCACUGGACGCUCCCGUGGCCGAAAUGCUAGUGGAGAGAAGGACAAGGACAAGGACAAGCACAAGAAGCCGCGCAGCAAGUCCCGCUCUCGCAGUAUCUUCCAACGUAAGAAGUCCAACGUAUCAGAGGCAUAG